AGGGGAAAGUUGGUUGGGAGAAGGGAACUUGGAGCCGGAGAUGGGUGGAGCAAUGAGAAGUCUUUACUCACUCGGGCCGGAGGGAGGCUAGAACUACAAAUCCCAGUAUUCCUUGAGACUUCCUCAGAGAUUGUGCAGGGAACCUGGCCAGAACGGGAAAUGGAGCGGGGGGGAUGACUUUAGAGACUAAAAACCUUUAGAAGGCCAAACCAUGCCGAAGUCUCGAUUGAUAACCUUGGAAUCCUUUAACUACAAGUCCCAAGAUCCCUGGCAGUUCAGUAAUACUUCUCGUUGGCCAAUGCAAGAGGCGACGAGUGCUAUAGGUCCCGGCAUGCCUCGGGGCAAGGCGUACUGAGGUUGGGAGGCUAUGAUGAUGAUGGUUACCAUGGAGUUGCGCUAAGUGUGUCGCUGUCUACGGAAAGGCAAAGGCUAAAGGAGACGGAGCUGUGACAAUUUGGGAGCAUCUGGAGCAGAGGAGUGACCUAUGCUUUAGGAAUAUCAGUUUGGCAAAUCUGUGGAAGAUGGAAUGGAGAGGCCAGAGACUGGAGGCAGGGAGACCAAUUAGGGAUUUUUGAGGCCGAAGCUGGCAAUUCAGGGCCCCAUGCUUCUCCUUCAUCCCCCAUAAUGGCUGAAAUAUGACUGACAACUGGGAUUAUGUGAAGACUUUGGCACAGGAGCCACCCCUCGACUUCUCCUUCAAAAGUAUAAACUUCAUCCAAGACCUGAUAAGUGAGGAGCCCAGGGCUGGGCUCCGGCCAGUAAAGCGUUCUAGUCAGGGUAAAUCAUUGACCCAGGCUGUGCGCAUUAACAACAACGUGCUCAAUGACCUCACCGACUUCAGUCAAACUAUGUCGCAGCUGUUGGAGCAUCCCCAGAACCUGGCUUGGAUUGACCUGUCCUUCAAUGACCUGCCCAACAUCGACCCCGUGCUGACCACCUUCCUCAAUUUAAGCGUUCUUUAUCUCCAUGGCAACUGCAUCCAUCGUCUGACAGAAGUGGAUAAGCUGUCAAGUCUUCCCAAGCUUCGGAGUUUAACCCUCCAUGGGAACCCCAUAGAGGAUGAAAAGGGAUACAGGCAAUAUGUGCUGUCCAUCCUACCCCGAAUUACGACGUUUGACUUCAGUGGUGUCACCAAGCAAGACCGGAUCACAGCCACUAUUUGGAGACGAAUGAAUGUGAAGCCCAAGAAGGUCCGAAUCAAACGGGAUAAUUUUUGAUAAUUUCCUAUCAAUGCUCUCUAAAACUCUAGUACCCUUUCCCUCAUUAUUUAGUUUAGCAAUAAAGGAAAUGAUCUGUU